AUGUCCCCCACAGCAGUCACCGAGUCCAACGGCACCAACGGCGCCAUCAAGAAGGAUGCCCUUUCCCAGCUCGACAAGGUCGCGCCUUUGAUCAAGCGCAACACGGUCAAGGACCUCAUGGUGGCUGGAGGCUUCGCCCCGCUGUACUACUUCCACCUGUGCCACUCGCCAGAGGUGAUCAACCUCGUCAAGCUGGCAGGAUACCCCGGCAUCGUCCUCAAUCUCGAGCACCACUUCACCGGCAUCGAGACAGCUGCCCAGCUCUGCUUCACGGCCCUCAACUUUGGCCUCUCGCCCGUGUGCAUUGUGCCGUCGCUUCAGUCCGACUGGAUCUCGCGCCUCCUCGACAAUGGUGCCCAGGGCAUCAUCGUUCCUCGGGUCGGAACAGCCGAGCAGGCCCAGCUCAUGGUCAAGUACAGCAAGCACCGCCCCUUGGGAGAGCGCCCGCUCGCCUUCGGUCCCCAGCUCCAGUUCCAAAUCCCCGACUUUGUCCAAGCGCAGGAUGCUCAGAACCUCACCACCAUCACCGCCCCAAUGAUCGAGACGGUCGAGGGUCUUGAGAAUGUCGAGAAGAUUGCCGCUGUCAAAGGCCUCGAUGCCAUCUUUGUCGGCGUCCACGACCUGACGGACGACAUGGGUAUCGGCGGCCAGUACACCGCCCCAUCAGUCUACGAAGCCCUCUCUCGGAUUUGCCGAGCCGCCAAGGCCAACGGCCUCUAUGUCGGCUUUGGCGGUCUGGAAUGGCACCCGCAGGUCAUUGCCAGUCUCCGCAAGGACUUUGGUUCGACGGUCGGAUUUGGCAUUGCCGGUCGGGACUCGUCGUUCCUCCUCAACGGCAUGAAGGACGUUGUGGCCAGGUUCAAGAAGGUCGAGGACGGCACGUUUGAGGCUUAG